GUUGCCUUUCAUAACGCCGUCAAUCGAAAGAGAAAUAAGAAGCGAAUCCAAGACGCGGUCGUUAUAAAACGCAAUUUCCAUCGCGUUUUGAAUCGUCUCUACCUCCGAUGUGACACUCGCUUAACGAAACAGUAAACAAACCAAACCCAGACGUGAAACCAACCCAAAUCAAAAUUCACUUUCCUUGUGUCGCGGUGGUCCGAUGGCUUUAACGUCGGAAAAAUCCGAUUCCGAUGGCCGACGUCGAAGCUUAUUCAAACUACCCUUUCGAAACUCCAGUGAUCAUCAAGCUACCUCUUCCUCUUCGUCUUCUCAUCUCAGUGACAAUUAUAUACAUCAAUCUCGCCAUUUUCGCUAUCACGGACCACGUCCUGUCGUCGAACGAUUGGGCCAAACCCAUCAUCAACCCCCCGCCGCGACGAUCCCUUCGAUGUCAUCAGUCGCGAGAUCACUUCUUCCUACUAAACGCCGAUUGAAACUCGACCCUUCCUCCAAACUUUACUUCCCUUAUGAGCCUGGGAAGCAAGUCAGGAGUGCCAUUAAGAUUAAGAAUACAAGCAAGUCACAUGUCUCUGAGGAGCAAGUAAUGCGUGUGGUAUUCUUGGAUCCUGAAAACCCUAACCCUGUGAUGGAGAAACUGAAGAGUCAACUAGCUGAAGCGGAUGCUGCAGAUGAAGCAAGGAAGAAAGCACCAGAGGUUAUUAGUAGUGGUCCGAAGCCAAUUGGUGAAGGACUUGUGAUUGAUGAAUGGAAGCAACGCCGAGAGAGGUAUCUUGCACAGCAACAAGGAGGACUGGACUUGGCUUGAAACCAGAAGUAUCACAAAGACAAAAAAAAGUGUGUGGAUAUAUGUAAUGUGUGAAGGGAAUGAAGAUUGUAUUUGUGGUCAAGUUUUAUCCCAAAAAAAAAAAACACUUGUUACUUUGAUGUCUUAACUAAAGGUUUGUUCUGUAACGCCA